AUGGAGUUUAUUAAAGAGGAGAGUCAAGACAUGAAGAUUGAAGAAACAUUCAGAGACAAACAUGAAGAUACUGAGGAACAAACAGACCUGAUGACACUGAAAGAGAAGAGCGACGUACUGAAUGAAAUGGAAGAGAAAGAUCAUGAUUUCAUAAAUGGAGAAAAAUCUUUUAGUUGUUCACAAACUGAAAAUACUUCCUCAAGAAAGAGGGCUCAAAAGACAGGAAGAAGUUGUUAUUUCACCUGCCAACAGUGUGGAAAGAGUUUCAGUCAAACAGAAAGUAUUAAAAGACACAUGCGAAUUCACACAAGAGAGAAGCCUUAUGUCUGCCAGCAGUGUGGAAAGCAUUUCAGUCAAAGAAUAAGUCUUAAUAGACAUGUUAGAAUUCACACUGGAGAGAAGCCAUUCGCAUGCCAACAGUGUGGAAAGAAUUUCUCUCAGCUUGGAAACCUUGGAGCCCACAUGAGUGUUCACACUGGAGAGAAGCCUUACAAAUGCCAACAGUGUGGAAGAAGUUUCAACCGGAAAGGUAACCUUCAUUGCCACAUGACCGUUCACACUGGAGAGAGCCUUUUCACCUGCCAACAGUGUGGAACAAGUUUCACUCAAAAAGGAAGCCUUAACAGACACAUGAGAAUUCACUAUGGAGAGCAGCCUUACACCUGUUCUCUUGAUCAACAUGAAAACCUUGAAGUCCACAUGAGAACUCGUAUAGAGAAACCCUACACAUGCUCCGAGUGUGGAAAGAGUUUCUGUCAAAAACGACCCUUUGAAGACCACAUGAGAAUUCACUCUGGAGAGCAACCCUACACAUGCCCUCAGUGCGGAAAGAGUUUCAAUCAUAUGCGACACUUUGAAGACCACAUAAGAAUUCACACUGGAGAGAAGCCUUUCACCUGCCAACAGUGUGGAAGAAGUUUCAACCGAAAAGGAAGCCAUAACAGGCACAUGAGAAUUCACACUGGAGAGAAGCCAUUUACAUGUGGUCACUGUGGAAAGAGUUUCAGAUAUAAAACAGGCCUUAAGUCCCACAUGAGUUUUCACAUAUGAGAGAACUGUAUUUAUGUUAUCAGUGUGACAUGAGUCCUAUAAUAACACCAGAGA